CAAACAUAUGUUUUUGAUUUUUUAAAAUAAUAAAAAUAAUAAUAAUUCCAGUGAUAACAUCAAAAAUAAAAAUAAUUUCUUAUUAAUCUUAAUAAAAAAAAUAAUAGAAAAAAUAAUAAAAAUAAAUAAAAAAUAAAAUAGAAAAAUUUAUAUUAUAAAAUAAUAAUGAAAAUUUUAAUUUUAUUUUUUAUAAUAUUAAUUAAUGUAUUUUUAAUAAAAUCUGUACCAGUACCAACCAAUUUAAAAUUAUUCAGUCAAAAUGGACAUUAUUACGAAAGGUUUGUUAUACCAGAAACAUUAACGGUAGCAGAGGCAAUUUCGAAUUGCACAAAUAUUAAAGUUAAUAAUACUAGAGGUUAUUUAGCAACUUUUACUAGUCAAGAAGAAUGGCUUUGGGCUACUGAAAAUGGUUUAACAGCCACAGGAGCUUGGAUGGGUGGAACUGAUAUUGGACAAACAGGUGUAUGGUCAUGGGAUGAAAAUUCUCCUGAAAAAGGACAAUUAAUGUAUAAUCUAUACUUUGAUAAAUGCUACACCUUUUGUUUAUUUGGAAACUUGGAACCAAAUCUAAUUGCAAACGAGCAUUGGGUACAUACUUCAGGCAGUGCAACUGUACCAUACUGGAAUAAUAAUGGGCCUUUAGCCAAGCUUUCAUCUUUUUUAUGCGAAUUUGGAGGUUUAGAUAAACCAUUUGUACCAACAUCACCCACAGUAGGAUCUAAUGUUACUAUCACAAAUUUAGGUAGCUUUGAUAUUAGUCAAAUUUCAAUUACUUUUACAAGUCGUUCAACUUUAAAUAACUUUCCAUGUACAACCAUUACUAAAAUUGAUUCAUCAUCAGUAAUUUGUCAAAUUCCACCAGGUCAAGGAAAAUAUAUAAUUGAAAUUAAAGAUAAAAGUGGAAAAAGUGAAACCAUAUAUUGGCAUUAUGAAUUACCAAUGAUUGGGGGUGUAAAUGCAGUUUUUAAAAAAGAUGAAGUUGCAACUAUUACUGGUUCUAAUUUCGGUACAAUAGCAAGCGAAAUUUCAAUUACAAUGGGCAGUCCAGAGAUUAAAUGUACAAAUGUUGUAAUUGUUAAAGAACAUGAGGUUAUUUCAUGUAAACUUUCAGAAACAUUAGGAGAGGAUAAUAAAUUCCUUCCAAUUUCAAUUAAUGUUUCACAAAGUAAUUUUGUAUCUUAUAAAGCUGCAGUUUAUUUUGAACCCCGUUAUUAUUCAGGUUUUCAAACUUGGGCAACUUUUGAUGUAUCAAUGAAAAAUUAUAGUAAUUCUUUAAGAAUCGAUGGUCAAGUUGGUUAUUUAUAUUCAAUGGUCGAUAAUAAUUUAAGAGUAUUUUUAAAUAAAACUCUACCAAAACCAUUUAAUAAUAAUAGAUAUUAUUUUUGGCAAAAUGCAAAAUAUAUUGGAAAUAGAAAUUUUGUCUAUUUAACAGGACCAAAUGCAGGAAAAAAAUGUGAUUUAAUAUAUAGUAAUACUGUAGCAAGUUUCGAUGCAGCAGCAGCAACCUGGGAUGAAAAUACAAGAUUUAUAAUUUACUUAGAUACCUUAGAGUUACAAUCAUCAAAUGUAACAGGUCAAUCAGCAGUUAUUACAGAAUAUGGUGGUUAUAGCCCUACAUUCGUAUCAAAUACAACUCACUUGGUUAAUACAAGUGGUGGUAAAGUUGAUGUUAAGAUAGACAAUUAUGGUACCGUUUACAGCACUAUUACCGUUACUUUUAGAGGAAAUAAUAUUUCAUUUGUAAGAGAUUACAUCAAUGGUGAAUUAGAUGUUGAUAUUCCUAGCGGUUUUGAUGGUCCCUAUGAAAUUUAUGUUAAUGUUGGUAAUUUAAGAACUCCAAGUAAUACUCAAUUUAUAGAUUAUGCUCCUCCAAAUAUAAUUUCUAUUCCUUCCAUCCCAACUGUUGGUGGAAAAGUUACAAUUAAUGGUGAAAGUUUUUCAAAUACAUUAACCAAUACAGUUUUGAAUUUCCCAAAUUGUCAAGGUUUACAAAUAUUAGCCAAUUAUUAUAGCUAUACUUGCACAUUACCUGCAGGAAGUGGUAGUAUUCCAGUCACUCUUCAAGUAUCUCAAAAAACUUCAAAAGUGUUUACAUUCACUUACAAAUCUCCAAGUGUUGAUUCAACAAAUAGUCUCCCUCAAACUGGUAGUACCCUUUAUAUAGAUGGUGAAAAUUUUUCAACAAAACAAAGUAAUAUCCAAGUUAAAAUUGGUUCAAAAACAUGUAGUAAUGUUGUAUUGGAAACAAAUGAAAACAAAAUCAAUUGUCAAGCUCCAGCCCAAGACCCAGGUAGUUAUGAUUUAAUUGUAACUGUUGAUGGUUUGUCAUCGGAUCCAUUUAAAGUCAAAUACUUUUCCUCAGAUCUAUCUUAUGUACAAGUUGGUGCAGAUUUAAAGAUAAUAGGAAAAGAUUUACCAACCGGUGCUACAUUGGUUUUAGCUAAUGUCGAUAUUUCAAACUAUUGUACAGGAGGCGGAACAGAAUACUAUUGCGUUGACUUACCAUUGGAGGUCAAAAGUGGUAAUCUAAAAAUAACCAAGGGUUUAAACGAAUACCCAGAAUUCCCAAUCGAAUUAAAACCAUAUAUUUCAAGUAUAUCAACACAGUUAUUAGAUACCGUCACACCAACUGAUAUUAUAAUAAAUGGUCGUUAUUUUGAAACCAGUGAAGAAAUACCAGUUUAUUGUAAAAUUGAUGAUACCGAUAUUAAAGAUCAAACAUUUAUCCUCAUAAGCCCAGAACAAGCCAAAGUUACAGUAAAAGGUGGAUUUGGUGAAAAUCAUAAAUUAAAAAUAGUAUCUAAAAAUCUAUCUUCAAACGGCGUGUUAUUUUCAUUCCAACCUCCAGAAAUUACAGAGGUAUAUCAAGAUGAAUUAUCAACAUUGGUAACAAUAAAUGGUUUCAAUUUUAGCUCCACUAAUAGUAUAGUUACAUUUGGAAAUUAUAAACCAAAUAUCAAAUAUGCAGAUUCAUAUAAAAUUCAAUUCGAACUCGACAAUGAGAAUUCAAAAAAUGGCUAUAUUAGUGUUGAUGUUCAGAAUCAAAUAUCAAACGAAAUGUAUCUUUCAAUUCAACCUAUUUUAUCCAGUGUUUCACCAAUCCCAACAUUAAAAGGUCCAACCAUCAUUACAAUUACAGGUCAAUUAUUAUUUGAAAAAGAUUUUGCCAAUGAUCCAGUAAACUUGCAAUUCUAUUAUAAAUUAAAAACAGGUCAAGAUUUAAAUGAAAAGAAAUUAACUUGUAAUGCUAUAAAAGAUGGUACUAGCUUUGCAUGUGAAAUUGGGGAUGGUUUUGGUUACUUUGAUUUAAUAGCUUACUCUAAUCAAACAUUAAAAUCAAACACUAUCUCAUCAAACUAUCAAGCACCACAAGUUUUAUCUGUUUUAACACCAGUUUACUAUCAAGAGCCAACCAAUAUUCAAAUUGCAGUUAAAUAUUUUGUAAUAGAAUAUACAAAAGUUUUCAUUGAAAAUGUCGAAUGUACUAAAGCUUCAAAGAUAAAUGAUACCGUUUUACAAUGUUAUUACACCGCAUCAGUAUCUGAUCAAGGAAAAGAAGCAUUAACAGUAACAGUAACAUCAGCUCAAGUCAAUGGUAGUAAAGCAGCAUUAAUUUAUUCGACUCUAUUUGAUUGUAUAGAUCCAACAUGUUCUCAACAUGGUACAUGCGAUAACAAACAAGGAAAAUGCAUAUGUGAAGAAGGUUGGAAAGGCCUUUCAUGCCAAAAUCAACAUUUAAAUAGCAGCAGUAGUGAUGAUAAUGGUAGUGAUGGUUCAAAACCAGUUAUUACUCCACCAGUUGUAGAUGAAGAUGGAAAAACCGAAUUUAUAAAUGAUAAAAUUAAUUUUACUGUUUCAAUUACACAUCUACGUGAAUUAGAUUAUCUUGGAGAACCUGUUAAAACUUUAAAACUUUCAGAUAUUCAAUGGUCAUCAAAAGAUAACUCUGUUCAAAAUGUUUAUUAUUAUAAGGGUACUUUUAAAAACGAUACAGCUGUAUUUGAACUAACAGUAAAAUACUUUGAAAAAGAAAAUCAAAUAGAAUUUGCAGGAGAACCAAUUUAUAUGCCAGAAAACUCUAUCAAAUAUGAAGUAACAAUUUCAAAUUGGACUUUUUCCUCACCAUUAAACUCUUUACAAACCAUUUAUAACUCCAAGACUGAUAAAAAAUCAACACUCAAUUGUGGUACAGUCGAAUCUACAACAUUGGUUGGAACUAAUCAAUUCCAAAUUCAAACUGCUAAAGGAUCUUUGGCUGCAAGGUUUUCAAGUAGAAUUAUUUUAGAUGAUAGAGUUAUUAAAUCAAAUGUUUUUGCUUUACACAAUAAUGAUAUUCUCUAUACAGUUUACAAUAAUAAAAACAGCUCAAGUAAUGACUUUUAUUUAUUAACAGCUAUUGAAAGUCCAAUAUUUAAAGAUAAAAUUGUUUUAGACCCAUUGUUUUCAAGUUUAAUUAAUAAUAAAGACGACAAUUCAGAUGGUUGUAAUGAUAGAAAAUGGGUUGUGCCGGUUGCUGUUGUAGUUGGAGCUGUUGGUGGUUUAGCUUUUAUUUCGGCUGGUGCUGUAUUUUAUCGUAGAAAAAUUAAAUUUUCAAAAUAUUUAAAAAAAAUUAAUUCAGUCGAAUUAAGUAACAAAUAA